UACCAAUUUGAUAAAAACGCGUCGUUAGCUUUCGUAUUAGUUUAAAUUAUUGUCGCGCGCGAAAUGUGGGAUGGUGAUUAAGAAAAAAUGACUCUAAUGAGGUCUUAAAGAUCUUCAGUUCCAAUGGUGAAGACGUUGUGUAAAUACGCGCUUUAUUCGGUGAAGUCCUGUUUCAACUUUUGAGGAAAUCCGAUGAAAAGUUUGCCGUAGAAGUGCAUAAUACUUUGUAAAAAAAAAUUAAAUUUUGAAAUCAAAUGUUUGUUAUAGAAAAUCUACUAAACUAUAUUUAGUGUGAGUGAACUAAAUUUUUUUACGUGAGAAUAAUUAAAUACGAGUUAUAACUAGGCUUAAUCCGAAACCACGGCAAUGAUAUUUUACUAUAUUGAACCUACUUAAAAAAACUGUUAAUAUUGAACUUAAUUUUAAAUAUUGUUGAACUUAAUUUGAUUACAAUACUUUCAUAGCUGAUUUAAAGACAAUUAUAUCAAAUAAUAAAUAAACUAACAAUGGAUGAACUUAAAUCAGAAUCAGUUGAUAUGGAAAUAGAAAAAGAAAGUAAAACAGACAAAGCUGAACUAACUAAAUUACCAUUUUCAAUAGACAGUUUGUUAGCUGACAAGUUUGUUAGUGAUAAUACUGAAGCUUCAACGUCUUAUUUGACUUAUAAAGAACAUGAUGAUGAAGAAGACGGAGGCAGCAGUUGUUCAGAGCAGCUAGAUGUGGAGAGUUCCACGGCAGGAGAUGCGCAGGAGUUCCUUGAAGCUAAACCAGUUGAUUAUCCAUCAGGCUCAUGCAGUUCUCGUGGCAAAAGGGCGCGGACAGCAUUCAGCGCGCAGCAGAUCAAAAGUUUAGAAGCCGAGUUUGAGAAGAACAGAUACCUGUCAGUGGCCGCACGAGGUCGGCUGGCGAGGCAGCUCAGACUUACAGAGACACAGAUCAAAAUUUGGUUCCAAAAUCGCCGCACGAAGUGGAAGCGAAAAUAUACCAACGACGUGGAAAUACUAGCACAACAAUACUAUAACAGUCUAGGCAUUAUAACGCCAAGACCCAUGUUCGUGGGAGAUAGACUAUGGAUAUUCAAUUACCCGAACAGAUUGCAACCUACUCAGCAACAGCAAUGGGCAAAGUCCCUAAACCACAUCGCCAAUGUACCACCACAGAGUCAAAUUGUUGAACGAAGCAUGUUUAGAAACAUACCAAAACCGGAUGUUCCAUUUUUAAUACCGCCCACGUAUCCGAACGAGCGCGCAUUUUUGAAUAUCGAACGUGUUCCAAAAGUUCCCGCCCAAACUCGUCUAUCCUCUGUGCCCAGGGAAGUCUAUUCCAAUAUGGCGACCGCUCAAAGAAGUUUGGAUGUUUAUAAAAAUAAUAUUUUAAGUUUCAAUCCCAGUCAGGAGUCAAAUGUCGACCAUUUAAGAAGACUUGAAGAAAAUUUUAGUAUUUAGGCAAUUUUCUUUUAUGUACAUACCUAUUCAAGUAAUUUAUGUUUAGUAA